AUGAACGACACAGAAGGUCUCGCGAUCGCAAUCGAGGAAGCCAAGACCGGCGCCUCAGAGGGCGGCGUCCCGAUCGGAGCCGCCCUCGUCUCCGCAGACGGCAAGCUCCUCGGCCGCGGCCACAACCGCCGCGUCCAGAUGGGCUCGGCUAUUCACCAUGGCGAAACCGACGCCCUCUUCAACUCAGGACGUCUGCCCGGAAAGGCAUACAAGGGCAGCACAAUGUACACGACUCUUUCCCCCUGCGACAUGUGCACCGGAGCCUGUCUGCUCUAUGGCAUCUCUCGCGUCGUCAUCGGCGAGAACAAGACCUUCCUCGGCGGCGAGGAGUACCUCAAGCAGCGCGGCGUGGAAGUCAUCGUCGUCGAUAGCGCAGAAUGCAAGGCUCUCAUGGACAAGUUUAUUGCUGAAAAGCCUGAAGUCUGGAACGAGGAUAUUGGGGAGGAAUGA